AUGUCCAAGUCCAUGUUGCUAUUCCCCAUCAGUUUGCUGCCCUUUCUGCUGUUGUUGUUGCUGUCAAGAAGAGGAGUAUCUUCGUUUUCAGCGCCAACCACCAAGACAACCAACGUCGGAUUUCAACGAUGGAUCACGGAUGCUCCUGAUGAAGUGAAGGAACCCAAGGUGCUUCAUGUGGAAGGGACGAUUCCUUCGUACGUGAAGGGUUCGUUGAUCCGCAACGGCGGUGGAAUCUGGUCUCUGGAUGAGACGACCCAAAGUGCGCACAUUUUUGACGGGUUGGCCAAACUUUCGCUCUAUCAAAUUAAUGAUGGCAACAAUGACAACUCGGUGAGCUUUACGUCUCGCUUUGUCGACUCGUACUUGUACCGGGAAUGGGCUGGCAAGGGCAGUGGAGUACCGUCGGUCCAUAUAGGUCCUUUGGUAGAUAAGGAAACCAAGACGGCCAAGCCACAAACAAAGUGGCUGCAAGCUCUGCUGAACAUUCCUGCUUUUGACAAUGCACCCGUCAAUGUAUGGGAUUUCAGUGCGGGCGCUCAAGACAAUUCCAACGUUUGGUGCUUGACGGACACGACCAUUCGAGCGACCUUGGACAAAAACUCGCUGGAUACUCUACAAUCUGGCAGACAACCUCCUGCCGCGCACAAUGCUCCGGGAUUCUACGAACUGUCCGCCACGGCACAUCCCGAAUAUUGCAAACGGGGGACCGGUGCCACCUACAAUGUGGGCACUCAUAUUGGCUUUCCGAACUAUCAUCUUUGUCUGAUCAAGGAUGAUCCAAGAAACAGUCAAGAUCGACAAGUCAUUGCCAAGUAUAAAUUACCCUACAAUGAGAUUCCCUACAUGCACAGCUUUGGAUUGACACAAUCCAAGGCGAUUGUGGUCCUGCAACCCUUGCGACAAAACUCCAAUUUCAAGGUCCUUCUGACAGAGGGAUUCAUGCCCUCCAUGCAACAUGUGGACGAAACCACCAAAGUACUAGUCUUUGACCUGGAAUCGGGAGACCUCCUCGCCGACACGAGCCUGCCCGAACAAGUCUACUUUUAUCAUGCCAUCUCGUCCGCAGAAGACGACACGGAAAACAACGUUUCCAUCAAAUUGUGUGCUUAUCGGACACCGGAUAUGAUUACCGGUGAGGACAUGUUCUUUCGCUUUGACAGAGCCUGGACCGCCGAAGGACGAAAUCGAAUUCCUCGUCCAGGGACUCUCUGCGAUGUUACGGUCCAUUUACAACAGGACACAGCCAGCGUCCAAUGGACUCCCGCCGUGGAUACCAAGUCGGGCACGGAACAGGGAUUUGAAUUGCCGACAACUCGCUAUUCCCGUACGACAAAUGGACAAGGACCGUGGCAACAAGGCCGGCAUCCACGGUAUACGUAUGCAUUUGGAGCCUACGCACAAGGAUCCUCCGAAUACGAUUGUUGGGCCAUUCUCAAGAUUGACACCGAGACGGGCCAGGCGGUGAGUUUUCGGGAACGCGAUAGUUGCUAUUAUUCCGAACCCAUCUUUGUGGCCAAUCCCGACGGUGUCGACGAAGAUGAUGGCGUGUUGCUCUGUACCCGCAUGGAUGGACGAACGGAAGAAACAUCCUUGUUGGUGGUGGAUGCCAAGACGAUGACAAAAAUGGCCGAAGCGAAUACAAAGACACGGGUGGCCAUGGACUUUCAUGGGGCCUUUUUUGGUUAG